CGGUCAUCCAUCCAGACCCCCCUGCCCGCGCCCGUUUUCUUGCCCCAUGGCCGACAUGGUGCCAGAGACAGCGCCAGGCGAGGGGCCGUUCUUUGGGUACCUCUCUCUGCUGUCCGCGGAGUACCAGCGCAUCCAUGCGGAGAACCGCUGCCUUCGGGAGGCCCUCGCAGAGCUGCGAGACCAGGAGUUUGCACAAGCCGCGGAGCCCAAGUGUUGGUGGGAGGCGCGGCAUGGGGCCCCCGACCCCGCGUUGUCCCCGGUGCCCGAAGAGCUGGAGCUGUCGUCCUGCUCGUCGCCAGCCCCGCCGGAAGCGGAGGUCAAUGAGGCCAAUGAGGCCAAUGAGGCCAAUGAGACCAGCGAGGGCGCCAGUGGUGAGAGUGAGGGUGUCAUUGGUGCGGAGCAGAUCAAGCGCGUCAGGAUGGAGGCAAUUCCGAUUGUCACAGAUGACGAGAACGCACCAGAGGCAAAGCUGGGCAGCAAGAUGCUGCCGCGCGCGGGCAGCAAGGUGGAUUGGAGCAUGCUUCUGGAACCACCUAGUCAGUCGAGGCACCCAAUCUUCAGCCAUGGGAAAGAGAUCAAGGCUGCCAUCGCCAGCGACAUUUGCGCUGAGCUGCGCUACGAUGUCAAAAACAAGUACAAGACAGCUGGCUGCUUUCAAAGGAUAGCGCGGAGCGCCUAUUUCGAGAACUUUACCAUGGUGGUGAUUGUUGUCUACGCCAUUUACAUGUCAGUUGACACGGACUGGAAUACCGCAGAUAUCAUCACGGAGACACAUCCCUUCUUCAUUGUAUGUGAGCAGGUCUUCUGCUUCUACUUCUUCUUGGAGUUGGUGAUCCGAUUUGCCGCCUUCUCCCGGAAAUGCGACUGUUUGCGCGACGCGUGGUUUGUUUUUGACCUCGCCCUGGUGGUUAUGAUGGUGGCCGAGACCUGGGUGAUGAACAUUAUCAUUAUUUUCAUGGCCUCCGCGGGUGGCUCCAACUUCCUGGGUGACGCCUCCAUCCUUCGGGUGGCGAGGCUUAUGCGCUUGACACGGCUGCUGCGAAUGGCGCGCCUGAUCCGCAUGGUGCCGGAGCUGCUCAUCAUGGUCAAGGCUGUGGCCUCUGCUGCGCGGUCAGUGGGCUUCACCCUCAUCUUGCUGGGCAUUUGCCUCUAUGUCUUUGCCAUCGCUUUCCGCGCGAUGCUGGACGGCACCAACGUGGGGGCCACAUACUUCCCCAACGUCGCGUUGUCGAUGCACAGCCUGUUCAUGCACGGCACUUUUCUGGACUCCAUCUCGGAAGUCUUCACGGCCUUGCUCCAGGAGAGCGCCAUAGGCUUUGCCAUGUUGUACAUCUUCGUGAUUAUGUCAGCCGUGACGAUCAUGAACAUGCUCAUUGGCGUGUUGUGCGAAGUCAUUACCGCCGUGGCCGACGCAGAGAAGGAAGCGCUGCAGGUGAGCUGGACCACCGAAGUCCUUCAGCAGUGCUUGCAAGCGGGUGCCGACACGAACAAUGACGGGUGCAUCGACCUCGAUGAGUUCCAGCACAUGAUUGAGAAUGCCCAGGUCCGCAAGGUGCUCAAAGAAGCCGACGUGGAUGUAGGAGUGCUCAUCAAUUUUGCCGAUGUACUCUUCGAGGUCGAGGGCGAGGAUGAGGAUGGCUCGCCCUUGGAGGACGUGGCGUCAAAGAUCCCCUUCGCGGAGUUUAUGAGCCGCCUUCUGAAGCUCCGAGGCUCCAACACCGCCACGGUCAAGGACCUCGUGGACCUCAGGAAGUGGAUCGCCAAGGAGUUCCAACAACUCCAACGGAAGAACCGAGCAACCGUGGGCCCGCAGAGGGGUCUUCCCGUGGAAUUCGUCAUGCAGGUGUGAGGGGAGAGCGCCCAGUCACUCAGUCGCCGCGCGUGUCCAUGUGGCGUGGGCAGUGGAUAGGAGGAAAGGUGCCAACCACAUCAUCGAGGAGAGUCGUUGUGAGUUGCAGGGUAUUUGUUAUUUGAGACAAUGCUGGCGUUCCUCUAUUAGCAAGUUUUCGCCCUCCGCAUCGAGCCUAAAGGCCAUGUCAGUUUGAUCCAAAGGUGGGGUUGGAGAGAACCC